AUGGAUGAUUUAGCCACAAAAAACACAUGUAGAGGAGUAAAUGGACAGUCCGAAACAGAUGAAUCACCUUCUCCGGCUGCUCGCAGUGUUGACUCAUGCUGCGGAUCCUGCCUGAAACGCAUCAAGCUCUGGCUACCUGUGGAAUACAAGAGUGAAGCAGUCCAGUUUUUAAAACUGGCGGGACCCGUGCUCAUUUCACAGCUGAUGAGCUUCCUGAUCGGCUUCGUCAGCAUGGUGUUCUGCGGUCACCUGGGGAAAACAGAGCUGGCAGGGGUGGCAUUAGCAAUAGCGGUAAUAAAUGUCACAGGCAUUUCCAUCGGCUGCGGUUUGGCAUCAGCAUGUGAUACUCUCAUAUCUCAGAUUUAUGGGAGUGGUAACCUAAAGCGCGUAGGAGUGAUAGCACAAAGGGGAGUUUUGAUUCUGCUCUUAGCCUGUUUCCCUUGCUGGGCUGUCCUUAUUAACACUCAGCCCAUUCUGCUGGUUAUCAAGCAGAGCGCCGAGGUCGCCAGACUCUCCCAGCUGUAUGUGAAGAUCUUUAUGCCGGCUCUGCCAGCUGUCUUCAUGUACCAGCUGCAGGGGAGGUAUCUUCAGAAUCAGGGCAUCAUGUGGCCACAGGUGAUAAGUGGCGCUGUGGGGAAUGUUCUAAAUGCACUGAUCAAUUACGUCUUCCUCAACGUUCUGGAUCUGGGGGUCACGGGGUCUGCAGCUGCCAAUGCCAUCUCACAGUAUUGUUUGGCUGUGUUCUUGUUUGGCUACAUCUGCCUCAGAGGGCUGCACAAAGCCACAUGGGACGGUUGGUCAAGAGACUGCCUGCAGGAAUGGGGUCCUUUCCUCCGCCUGGCUGUCCCAAGCAUGCUGAUGCAUUGUCUGGAGUGGUGGCUGUAUGAGAUUGCAGGCUUCCUGGCAGGCAUCAUCAGCGAAACUGAGUUGGGAGCUCAGUCUAUAGUUUAUGAACUGGCUGCAAUCGCUUACAUGUUUCCUAUGGGCUUUUCUGUUGCCGCGAGUGUUCGGGUUGGAAACGCUCUUGGUGCUGGGAACGCAGAGCAAGCCAAGCUGUCCGGCAAGGUCUCGCUGAUCUGUGCAACUGUUGCCGCGUGUUUCAUUGGAGCCUGUCUUGGUGUAACUAAGGAUGUGAUUGGUUACAUUUUCACCACAGAGAAAGACAUUAUUCAAAGGGUGGCAGAUGUUAUAAAGAUGUACAGUUUCAUCCAUAUUGCUGAGGCAAUUACGGGUAUAACAGGAGGCAUUGUCAGGGGGGCAGGGAAGCAAAAGAUUGGUGCUGUGUGUAACUUGGUGGGAUAUUACUUCAUUGGGUUCCCCAUUGGAGUGUCUUUGAUGUUUCCUCUAAAAAUGGGCAUUGUAGGGCUUUGGAUGGGGUUUCUAGUUUGUGGUUUGGUACUAGCCACGUUUUUUGUUGUUUUUUUGUGGAAACUCAACUGGGACAAAGCCAAGGAGGAGGCGCUGGUAAGAGCAGGAGUCCAUGUUACAGAGAAGAAACAUUCCACCCUGGACUCUGAUGAAGAACAGGCCCAUGUGAAGACUAGUCGAUCCAGUUCUCUGAGUCCAGUGGAGGAAAAGCUGGAAGCGCUCGAAUCAGGUCAGCAGGCUUCAGCUGGCGAGGCUUUGUCAGUCAGGCAGCUGGUGGUACGACGUGGCUUCUCUGUGCUGCUCAUGUUCGUCAUCCUUGCCGCUGGAGUCGUCAUCAGUGAGCUGCUCGUCAGGCUGCUCGAAUUAGAUGAGACACCAUAAUUAGACUGCGUGUAUGUGUGUGCAGCAUGAAAUAAAAAAAAUACUUCUGAGA